CAUCAUCCAAACCCAAACGCAUCACCCUGACCCAAGUACACACACAAACUCACUCCAGUUCUUUUCUCCUCACAUCCUCCUAGAGCAACCAAAAACAGAGAAGCAAUGAGGGCCCCGAGGGUCGCGCUCUGCGCUCUUCUGGCGGUGCUUCUCCUAGCGGAAGCGGAGGUGAGAGUGGAGGCUGCUGUGACGUGCAGGCCGAUAGAGCUGAGCUCCUGCGUGAGCGCGAUCACGUCCGCGACCCCUCCAUCCACCCUGUGCUGCAGCAAGAUCAAGGAGCAGAGGCCCUGCCUCUGCCAGUACCUCAGAAACCCAAACCUCAAGAAGUUUGUCAAUUCCCCCAAUGCCAGGAAAGUGGCCAGCACUUGUGGCACUCCCUUUCCCAAGUGCUGAGAAGUAUCCAUCCCCUCAUGCCUAGAGCUUUCAUUAUC